AUGAAUGUUUACAGAAAAUGUCCAAAGAAACAUCUUGGAAAGCGAUUACUGCUGUUAUCGCCCUUCUUGAUUCUUCUGAUUGUCAUGAUGGGAGGAAUUGUAUUCAAUACGGAAGAGAAGCAGGAGAGAUAUUUGACACCCGAAGAGCAAGAAGCUGAGUUUAAAUCGAUUAUCGCAACGGUCAAUUUCCUCUUUCGUCAGAGAAAGCGGGACGAACUGCAAAACGUGGCUAUCAUCUUGAAGAGCACAUCGCUCGAAGAUACUAAUCGCUGGUUGUUUGACAUCGAAGCGCAGCGCAAAUCAAGAAAUGAUCUUCCGUUGUACAUCUAUCCGGAAAUCAAUAAUUUGACCGAGUACAAGGAGCUCAAGAAGCUGAAACUUACAUUCGAAAAUGUCAAAAUCCUAAUGGUUCAUAAUGGCUCGGCUGUGAUCUCGGAUGUUCUUAAAAAUCCUCUUGUCGGAUUUUUAAUCGAAGUGAAUGAUACUCAACAUAUUGGCGAUGAUUUCGGAGACUUCUACUAUUUGGGUCAAGAGGUAAUGAAGUUGGAUAGAAAUGUCGAGUGUGUGUGCGGUGGAAUUUCGUAUCAACGUCCCGAAUACCUGCAACUGAGCCAAGACAACAUUUUCUGGCCAGUCGGUGUUGAAACCUGCGAUAUUGGAAUCAUGAGAAGUCGUACUGACUUUAAACCAUUGGGAUCUCUAGACCCAUUGCUUGAUUACCCAGCUCUCGCUCCAAUCUGUAUUCGUCCAGAAGUGCCAAGAAUCUCAUCCGAUGCUGAACAUGUUACCAACAAGUCGAUCGGAGUGAACAAAUUCGAUGCAAAGCUUUUCACAGCUUCCAAGAUGAACGAGACAGUUAUGCUGGAUUUGAAAGCCGCAAAACCAAUGGCGAUGCAGGAUUGGAAUAACUUGGAGAAGGAGGAUAUCAAUGGGAUCUACAAGUUUCCAUUCAGCGGAAGUGAAGAGCUGAGCCACUAUUUUGGAGAAAACGAUUUUCAAAAAAUCCUCGACCAGAGAGGUUACGACAAUAUCAUCCCAAUGUUCGUCCAUGGACGCAAGGUCUACAUCGUUCCAACAACCUCGAUGUAAAACCGGGAUAUUCCUUGUUUCUAAUUUUUAUCUGUUGUUAUUUGUUACUGUGUUUUUUGUUGUUUUGAAUAAAAUUCGUAAAAAGUAAA